AUGGAUUCGAAUGAUAAGACAUCAACGGAAACUAUUGAUGAACCAGUUCGAAAACGAAUGCGAACAGACAAUUCAUCGGUCACUAAUCCUGAAGAAACUGUCGGCAUCACUCAAUUCUUAUCCAAUCAUGAAGGUUUCGAUGGUAUAAUUAAGUAUCGUUAUUCAGAUUUUCUUGUCAAUGAAAUUUCAUCUGACGGCGUUGUUAUUCAUUUAACUGAUUUAUCAUGUCCAGAUUUUGGUCAAAAUAAAUCAAAUUUAACUACAAACGUUCCACUUAGUGACGAAGUUAUUGAUCGCUUAAAAGCUUUAUCACAAACACAUGGCAAGGAUCUUAUUUCGAUUCCUGUUGAUGAUUUAACAAAAGAACAGCGUACAUCAAUUCAUCAUUUUGUUCGUUCCAUUAAUAUUAAUCUUAAAAGUGAAUUAGUUAACGGUUCUAUUCAAGUGACAUAUCAACCUAUUGCUACUCAAGUUCGUCGUGCAACUGAACAAUGGCCGGACAAAUCAAAACCAUAUCUAAAAUUUGUACUUUAUAAAGAAAAUCGUGAUACCAUGGAUACUAUUCAAAACCUAGGCGCAUGUGUAAACAUGAAUGCCUCACUAUUUCAAUAUGCUGGUAUCAAGGAUAAACGUGGUAAAACAUGCCAAGAAAUAACAAUUCAUAAAGUACUACCGAGCAAGUUUAAGAAUAUAAAUCAACGUAUACCAUCAUUAAAAGUAGGUAAUUUUCAAUUAUGUGAAAGUCCAUUACGUCUUGGACAAUUACAAGGAAAUCGUUUUGAAAUAUUUAUUCGAAAUAUUACAAUUGAGUCUGACGAAAAUAUAAAAAGUUGUGUGAAUAAUUUUAUUGAAAAAGGAUUUAUUAAUUAUUUUGGUUUACAACGUUUUGGUUCACGUACAUUAGCAACACAGACAGUUGGAAAAUAUUUACUUCAACAUAAUUGGUCUCAAGCAAUCGAUGCUAUCUUAGCAUAUGAUGAAACAAUAACACAAAACUGGCUACGUCAAUUAUUAAAUCAAUGGAAUAAAACACAUGAUAUAAAAACAAUUCUUGAUGGCACAAUACCCUAUCGUCGUUCCAUUGAAGUUGAUCUUCUUCGUGGAUUACAAAAACAUGAUCAAACAAAUUUAAUUGGAGCUCUUUCAUCUAUACCACGAAAUACUCGUUUGCUUUAUCUGCAUGCCUAUCAAUCCAUGAUAUGGAAUAAAAUUGUUUCAAAACGUUUAAAUACAUAUGGAACUGAAAUACUUGUUGGAGACCUUUACAUGAACGAUAUUCAUAAUGAUUCAAAUGUUUCAUUUGUCACAGAAACUAAUCGAAACGACAUUAAACUUGAACAAAUUGUUUUACCAUUACCUGGCUAUGAUAUAAAAUAUCCAUUGAAUGAUAUUCAUUCUUGGUAUCGCGAUUUAUUAAAUGAAGACGGAAUUAAAAUUGAUCAAAUGAAAUAUCAAGUUAAAGAUUAUAGUUUACCAGGAAAUUAUAGACAAUUUAUAGUACGUACUGGCCAAGUUGAUUAUCGUAUUGUUCAUUAUGAUAAUAUGAAUGAUGAUCCUUUACAAAGUGAUUAUGAUCGAUUAAUGAAUCGCGAUAAUAAUUUAAAAUUAGAAUCAAAUAAAUAUAAAGGUUUAAUUCUUGUAUUUUCAUUACCAAAAUCUUCCUAUGCAACAAUGGCAUUAAGAGAAAUAUUACAUCGAAAUGAAUCAACACUUCAAACUCAUCAUAAGGAAGAGCAAUUAUCAUCAACAAAAGAAACAAUAACUAAUCAAGAUGAAGAAGAAGAAGAAGAACAAGAACAAGAAAUUGAAGAUGUUGUUUGA